GAAAUCAUGCUAAACCAAAGCUUUGUAACUGAGUUUGUCCUCCUGGGGCUUUCACAGAGUCCUAAUGUUCAGAAGAUUGUGUUUGUUGUAUUUUUGCUUGUCUACAUUGCAACAGUUGGGGGCAACAUGCUAAUUGUAGUGACUGUCAUCAGCAGCCCUGCACUGCUGGGCUCCCCCAUGUACUUCUUCUUGGCUUUCUUGUCUUUUCUGGAUGCCUGCUUCUCUUCUGUGAUCACCCCAAAGAUGGUUGUAGACUCUCUCAAUGAGAGAAAAACCAUCUCCUUUGAAGGCUGCAUGACACAGCUCUUUGCCGAACACUUCCUGGCUGGGGUGGAGGUGAUCAUCCUCACAGCCAUGGCCUAUGACCGCUAUGUGGCCAUUUGUAAGCCCUUGCACUAUUCUUCUAUCAUGAACUGGAGGCUCUGCAGCAUUCUGAUGGGAGUAGCCUGGACAGGGGGAUUUUUGCAUUCCAUCAUCCAAAUCCUUUUCACUUUCCAGCUUCCCUUUUGUGGUCCCAAUGUUAUCGACCAUUUCAUGUGUGACUUGUAUCCAUUACUGAAGCUUGCCUGCACUGAUACUCAUGUCUUUGGCCUUUUUGUGGUUGCCAACAGUGGAUCUAUUUGCAUUAUUAUUUUCUCCUUGUUGCUUAUGUCCUAUGGUGUCAUCUUGUUCUCAUUGAGAAACCAUAGUUCUGAAGGGCGAUGGAAAGCUCUGUCUACUUGUGGAUCUCAUGUCACUGUUGUGGUUUUGUUCUUUGUCCCGUGUAUAUUUAUAUAUGCAAGACCUCCAUCUGCUUUCUCUUUUGACAAAAUGGUGGCGAUAUUUUACACAAUCCUGACUCCCUUGAUCAAUCCUUUGAUCUAUACUUUCAGGAACAAAGAAGUGAAAAAUGCUAUGAAGAAAUUGUGGAACAAAUUGAUAGCAGUUUCUGAUGAAAACUAA